UGUAUUCUCUGAAUAAAUUGGAAUAAAAUAAUGAAUGAGAUGAGUUUCAGACUUCGGUGAUUGAGAAGUGUGGUGUGGUGAGGCAGUGGAGUCAGGGGGCUGCUUCAACAACAAACAUUCUCUCUCUCUUGUCUAAGCAAAGCAACCCAUAUAAGAUAUAUACCUGAAGUACACGACCACUUUCUUUCUCCAUCUCGUCUCUCUUUCUGUCUUCUUCUUUCUUCGGCAGCUAUGGAAGUGUGUUGGCAGAUACAGAGACCAGCGAGUCUCAGACCGGGUUUUCAGGAAAAGGGUCGGGUCAAGAUCAAUACUUUUUCUGUUGGGUUUUUUCCUCGCUCCAUUUCUAGUAUUGCUUCAUUGGAAAGUCAAUACAAAUCAAAUGGGUUUCUGCAUCAGAUCACGGCAAGUGCAGACUUUUCAAGGAAGAAGCAAGGAAGAAUGGCUGCUUCAGGACCAAAAAGCUCAGGUCCCAGAGGUUUUGGGCGACGAACAACAGUAGGAAGUGCUCAGAAAAGAACUCAGAAGAAGAAUGGUGAAAAAGAUAGUAAUGCCACUUCUACAGCAACAAACGAGGUUUCAGGGAUUAGUAAGUUGCCCGCAGCUAAAGUGGAUGUACAGAAGCAAAGCUCUGUUGUUUUGAAUGAGAGAAAUGUGUUAGAUAGGUCGGAUAUUGAGGAUGGAAGUGAUCGUUUGGACAAGAAAACAACCGAUGAUGAUGAUUUGUUAGAACAAAAGUUAAAACUUGAAAGAGAGAAUCUUCGUAGGAAGGAAAUAGAAACGCUUGCAGCGGAAAAUUUGGCGAGAGGUGAUAGAAUGUUUGUGUAUCCCGUUAUUGUGAAACCUGAUGAAGACAUAGAAGUGUUUCUCAACAGGAAUCUGUCGACUCUGAAUAACGAACCCGAUGUUUUGAUCAUGGGGGCGUUUAACGAAUGGAGAUGGAAGUCUUUCACAAGGAGAUUGGAAAAGACCUGGAUCCAUGAAGAUUGGUUGUCAUGUCUCCUUCAUAUCCCCAAAGAAGCGUAUAAGAUGGACUUCGUGUUUUUCAAUGGGCAAAGUGUAUAUGACAACAAUGACUCAAAAGAUUUUUGUGUAGAGAUAAAAGGUGGGAUGGAUAAAGUUGACUUUGAGAAUUUUCUUCUAGAAGAGAAACUGCGAGAGCAAGAGAAGUUAGCCAAGGAAGAAGCUGAGAGGGAGAGGCAAAAAGAAGAGAAGAGAAGAAUCGAAGCUCAAAAGGCUGCAAUUGAAGCUGAUAGAGCACAAGCAAAGGCGGAGACUCAGAAGAGACGUGAAUUGCUUCAACCGGCUAUUAAGAAAGCUGUAGUCUCGGCUGAGAAUGUUUGGUACAUUGAGCCGAGUGAUUUCAAGGCUGAAGAUACAGUGAAGCUAUAUUACAAUAAAAGGUCAGGUCCUCUGACUAAUUCCAAAGAACUGUGGUUACAUGGAGGGUUUAAUAAUUGGGUUGAUGGAUUAUCUAUCGUUGUAAAGCUUGUUAAUGCUGAGUUAAAGGAUGUUGAUCCAAAGAGCGGAAAUUGGUGGUUCGCUGAAGUUGUAGUGCCUGGCGGUGCACUAGUCAUUGACUGGGUCUUUGCUGAUGGACCACCUAAAGGAGCGUUUCUGUAUGACAAUAAUGGUUACCAAGACUUCCACGCACUUGUUCCUCAAAAACUUCCUGAAGAACUUUACUGGUUAGAGGAAGAAAAUAUGAUUUUUAGAAAACUUCAGGAGGAUAGGCGGUUAAAAGAGGAAGUUAUGCGUGCCAAGAUGGAAAAAACAGCUCGCUUGAAAGCUGAAACUAAGGAAAGAACACUGAAAAAGUUUCUGCUAUCCCAGAAAGACGUGGUUUACACCGAGCCUCUAGAGAUUCAAGCAGGAAACCCUGUGACUGUAUUGUACAAUCCUGCAAACACGGUUUUGAAUGGAAAACCUGAAGUUUGGUUUAGAGGCUCUUUUAAUCGUUGGACUCACCGCUUGGGCCCUUUGCCACCUCAGAAAAUGGAAGCAACAGAUGAUGAAAGCUCACAUGUGAAGACUACGGCUAAGGUCCCAUUGGAUGCUUACAUGAUGGACUUUGUGUUCUCUGAGAAAGAGGAUGGCGGAAUAUUUGAUAACAAAAAUGGUCUGGAUUACCAUUUACCAGUCGUGGGAGGUAUUUCAAAGGAACCACCAUUGCACAUUGUUCAUAUUGCUGUUGAAAUGGCACCCAUCGCAAAGGUUGGUGGCCUAGGUGAUGUUGUCACUAGUCUAUCUCGCGCUGUUCAAGAAUUAAACCAUAAUGUGGAUAUAGUUUUUCCAAAGUAUGAUUGCAUAAAGCACAAUUUUGUGAAGGACUUGCAAUUUAACAGAAGCUAUCACUGGGGAGGAACUGAAAUAAAAGUUUGGCAUGGAAAAGUAGAAGGCCUUUCGGUUUACUUCUUAGAUCCACAAAAUGGAUUGUUUCAGCGAGGAUGUGUUUACGGUUGUGCAGAUGAUGCAGGAAGAUUCGGUUUCUUCUGUCAUGCGGCUCUUGAAUUUCUUCUCCAAGGAGGUUUCCAUCCAGACAUUCUUCACUGUCAUGACUGGUCUAGUGCUCCGGUUUCAUGGUUAUUCAAGGAUCAUUACACACAGUACGGUUUAAUUAAAACCCGUAUUGUCUUCACAAUUCAUAAUUUGGAAUUUGGAGCGAAUGCCAUUGGUAAAGCAAUGACAUUUGCAGACAAAGCCACAACGGUUUCACCAACUUAUGCUAAGGAAGUUGCUGGAAACUCUGUAAUCUCUGCACAUUUAUACAAAUUUCACGGAAUUAUAAACGGGAUUGACCCAGAUAUAUGGGAUCCAUAUAACGAUAACUUUAUUCCCGUACCUUAUACUUCAGAGAACGUUGUAGAAGGCAAAAGAGCAGCCAAGGAAGAAUUGCAAAACAGGCUUGGACUAAAGAGUGCCGAUUUUCCAGUAGUAGGAAUUAUUACGCGCUUAACACACCAGAAGGGAAUACAUUUGAUCAAGCACGCUAUUUGGCGUACCUUGGAACGGAAUGGACAGGUUGUCUUAUUAGGUUCAGCUCCAGAUCCUCGGAUCCAAAAUGAUUUUGUAAACUUGGCAAACCAAUUACAUUCUUCUCAUGGUGACCGGGCUCGGCUUGUUCUAACCUACGAUGAACCUCUUUCCCAUUUGAUUUAUGCUGGGGCUGACUUUAUUCUUGUACCGUCGAUAUUUGAGCCAUGUGGACUGACACAGCUCAUAGCCAUGAGAUACGGCGCUGUUCCUGUUGUUAGAAAAACUGGAGGACUCUUUGAUACGGUUUUUGAUGUUGACCACGAUAAAGAAAGGGCACAAGCUCAAGUUCUAGAACCUAAUGGUUUCAGCUUCGACGGAGCUGAUGCUCCUGGUGUUGAUUAUGCUCUCAAUAGGGCGAUAUCGGCGUGGUACGAUGGUAGAGAGUGGUUUAACUCGCUGUGCAAGACGGUGAUGGAGCAAGACUGGUCAUGGAACCGUCCUGCACUUGAGUAUCUUGAGCUCUAUCACUCUGCACGCAAGUAAGACCAAAUAAAAUGGAAGCUCUAAGAUGAAUUCUCUUUGUAUGUACAGAAAUUAGCUUAUGAGACAACUUAGAGAGUUUGAUCCUUUCUUCUUCUUUUACAUUCCCAAAGCAAUAUAAAAAACGUGAUAGGUCUAUGGAUUCUGCUUUUGUAAUUCUGAAUAAAUCAAAAGUUAAGCAAAGUUUAUACACACACUGUUAGUACU